AUUCAUUAUUAUUCAUAUCCUCUUUAAUUUUCAUUCGAAAUUAUACCUCUAUUAUAUUAUUAUUAAUUAAUUAAUAUUAUUUUAUUUUUAUAUAUACAUAAUAAAAUAUAUUCUAGAAUAAUACUCAUAAUAAGAUAAAUAUUUACUAGGAUUUCUAUACUAGUAUAUUUAAUAAUAUAUAUAAAUUAGAAAUAAUUUUAUCAUGAUGAAGGGAAGAGUGGUGUUGAGAAAGAAGAAUGUAUUGGAUUUGCAGAUCCUUCAUGAAGUUGAUGAGUUGCUGGGAAAUAAGGUGUCAUUUCAGCUUGUUAGUUCUGUCCAUGCUGAUCCAGACAACUUAAAAGGAAAAGUUGGAAAACCUUGUUAUUUGGAAAAAUGGCUGGCAAAACCAAAUGACUCAGACGUUGUAUUUAACGUGACAUUCGAUUGGGAUGAAGAAAUUGGUGUGCCUGGUGCAAUAAUCGUUAAAAAUGAACACCACCAUGAAUUUUAUCUCAAAACUGUCACUUUACAUGAUGUUCCUCGUCAUGAUAAACUUCACUUUAUUUGCAAUUCUUGGGUAUAUCCUACUAAAUACAAUGACAAUGAUCGUAUAUUUUUCACCAAUAAGGUGUAUCUCCCUCACGAAACACCCGAACCACUACGCAAUUAUAGGGAAGAAGAAUUACAAGUUCUAAGAGGAAAAGGGAAAGAAAAUGCAAUGUUAAAGGAAUGGGAUCGUGUUUAUGACUAUGCUUUGUACAAUGAUCUAGGAGAUCCAGAUAAAGGUCCUGAAUCUGCUAGGCCUAUAUAUGGAGGGUCUAUAGAAUAUCCUUACCCUCGCAGAGGAAGAACAGGACGUCCACCUACAAACACAGAUCCAAAUGUGGAAAGCAGGUUGCCAUUGAUUAAGGGACUAGGGAUCUACGUUCCAAGAGAUGAACAAUUUGGGCACAUAAAAAUGUCAGAUUUCUUAGGUGAUUCAGUGAAGUCAUUAUCACAGACCUUUGCUGGUUUGGUUGGAUCUGUAUUUGACAAGACACCUAUCGAAUUUGAUACUUUUCAAGAUGUCAUGAACAUGUAUGAAGGAGGAAUUAGAUUGCCAGAAUCUUCAUUUCUGGAUCAAAUUAGGGAAAAUCUCCCAUCGGAAUUCCUAAAAUCACUUCUUCGAUCUGAUGGAGCACCGUUUCUGAAAUUCCCAUUGCCUGAUAUAAUCAAGGAGGAUAAGUCAGCUUGGAGGACUGAUGAAGAAUUCGCAAGGGAGAUGAUUGCUGGAAUUCAUCCUCUUGCUAUUCGUCGUUUGGAGGAGUUUCCUCCUACAAGCAAGCUUGAUCCCAAAACAUAUGGCAACCAGAGAAGCUCAAUCACUGAGGAAACAAUAGCAGAAGACCUGGAGGGUUUAACUGUUGAUGAGGCAAUGAAGAGUAAUAGGCUAUUCAUAUUAGAUCAUCAUGAUACAAUGGUACCUUAUAUAAGGAAAAUCAACAACCACACUGAUUCAAAAGUUUAUGCCACAAGGACACUACUAUUUCUAAAAGAUGAUGGAACAUUGAAGCCAUUGGCAAUUGAACUAAGUCUACCACACCCAGAUGGGAAUGAAUUUGGUGUUGUUAGCCAAGUAUACAAACCAAGCACAGAUGGAGUAGAUGGCUCGCUGUGGCAGUUAGCUAAAGCAUAUGUAGCUGUUUCUGACUCGGGUUACCAUCAACUUAUUAGCCACUGGUUACAUACACAUGCAGUGAUGGAACCAUUUGUAAUAGCCACAAAUAGACAAUUGAGUGUGCUGCACCCUGUUUACAAACUUCUGCAUCCUCAUUUCCGUGAUACAAUGAACAUAAAUGCUAUAGCACGACAGGUUGCCCUUAAUAAUAAGGGAUUGUUUGAAGAAGCAGUUUUUCCCAGAGCUUAUGCUGUGGAAUGGACAUCCAAAUUGUACAAAGAUUGGGUCUUCACUGAUCAUGCUCUUCCAAGGGACCUUCUCAAGAGAGGAAUGGCAAUAGAGGACUCAAAAAGCCCACACGGAUACAAGCUGCUCAUUCCAGACUACCCGUAUGCCGUCGAUGGCUUAGAAAUUUGGUCUGCAAUCCAAACAUGGGUUAACGAAUACUGCUCCUUUUAUUACAAAUCAGACGAUCUAGUCUCUAAUGACCCAGAAUUACAGUCCUGGUGGACGGAAAUCAGAGAAGUCGGCCAUGGCGACAAAAAACACGAAAAAUGGUGGCCAAAUCUACAAACCCUAAACGAUCUUACACAAAUCUGCACAACCAUUAUAUGGGUUGCAUCCGCACUUCACGCAGCCCUAAACUUCGGACAGUAUCCUUACGCAGGAUACGUACCAAACAGACCGACAAUAAGUCGCCAAUUCAUGCCAGAACCCGACACUUUUGAAUUCGAACAGCUUAAAACGAACCCAGAUUUAGUGUUUUUAAGUACAAUUUCUAGUGAGCUUCAGUCAUUGGUGGGUGUUUCAUUGAUUGAGCUUUUGUCUAGGCAUUCUUCCGAUGAGGUUUAUCUUGGGGAAAGGGAUGAUAUUGAUGAAUGGAUAGAUGAUCGUUCACCAUUGAUGAGUUUUAAGAGGUUUGGGGAGAGGUUAGUGGAGAUUGAAGGGAGGAUUGUUGAGAGGAAUCAUGAUGGGAGGCUUAAGAAUAGGGUUGGGCCUGCUAUGUUGCCUUAUACUCUUCUUUAUCCUUCUAGUGGUGCUGGGAUAACUGGUAGAGGUAUACCAAAUAGUAUUUCUACUUAAAAGAAUCGAAUUUUGUCUCAAUUCAUAAUAUUAGACAAUAAUUAAAAAGCCUAAUUUCCAAGACGAUAAAUAUUAAAUACAUUGAAUUGUCUUGGGGCUAAGGAUUUGAUGAAGCAGAAGGAAAAACUCUAAUGUAUUACUCCAAAUUCGAUUAUUUUAAAAAGUAAAAGAUUCAAGUGUUCAUCUUUUUCGUACUAGUAUAUGUAGGAAUUAAUUUAUUAUACGUGGACUAAAUAGAGACUACGAUAGAAGUCUUAACUGGUGAUGUACAAGAAUAAUCCUAUGGUGGUAUUAGUUAGCGUAUUGUACAAAAGUAAUAUGAUUAUGUUUGAGAUUUAUUAUGUUGAUUUAAUGAAAGAGAGAAUUAAAUUCCGAAUCAAAA